AAGAACGUAUUGGUAUCCACCAUAAUAUUUUUUGGUUUUGUUGGCACUCAAGAUUUUUUCUGCGGGAUUAAGUACUCUUUCUACACGUCUACGUUUUGGUUUUUGCCGACUGUCAAGAUGCCGGAUAAGAAGACCGAUUUUGCCACCCGUUUUCAGGGUAAAAUGGGAGCUUUUUCCGCCAAUGGGAGGAUCGAACUACAGGACAAUUCCGUGAACUCGGACGCGUCGUCUGCCCCAGUGGUGCCGGAAAAGGUGCAGACAAACCGCGGGCUGUUGCAGAAGAUGAUGAAAGAGGCUGGGGUAUUAAAAAGAGGAAACAACUUUUUAGAGUAUAUGAUUUUGAUGGCCUAUUUUGCAGUAAAAUUUUUGGCUUGUUCUUAUGCCCGAAGUAGUCUCAUCGUGUCAAAUUGAAUAAUUUCAGAUGUCCGCUUCUGGUGGCGGCGGCAGCGGUGCGGGGGCACCAGUCAGCCAAACUUCUGGAACAACGUCGAUCGCAGCUACUACCAGAGCAAGAGUUCUCCAGAAGUCCGAAGCCAGAACGUCGCCGAAACAGCGGACACGAGCCGUUCAUCAGGUGCAGCCUGGAGGCGGUGGUGCAACGGGAGGUUCCAGUUCCAGCUCUUCGAGCGUGCGGGGUACUACUUCUUCUACAGGGAUUACGCACAACAUGAAUCCGAAUGUGAAUAUGCAGUCGAAACAGGUCAAUACUGUCCCGCAGAUCCGCGCCGAGCACAUGGACGAAAUCUCCCGCAUCGAAACCAUGUCGUCCGUCAUGCCGCCCCCCGAUAACUGGGACGAUUCUUUCGUGAACGAGGAUGAGAACUUCUUGGAGAAGGACCCGACCCCCCGGCCCAUCAUGGUGCAAUCGAAGAUCCAGCCUGUCGCGGGGUUGAACCGCGGGACCGCCGUCGUUUCCGCCAACACCGCACCGCGGAUCACCGCGAACCCGAACCUCGCCAUGCAGCAGCAAGCAGGAGGAGACCCUGUGGUGGUGCAGGUUCUUGCAGGAGCUGCUGCGCGGAAUGGUAGGUCUCUCUCCGACGCGAACGAAUCUACGACAUCCUCCACAGGGUCGGGGCUCCCGCGGGAACAGUACAACAAUGCUGUAAUGCAGCAGCAGCAGCAAGGCGUAAAUCCAACAAGCGUGCAGAGCCGCAUUCAAAUCGCCGCCGCAAGCGCAUCGACAAAUGUGCGGAAGGUGUCCCCGCGGAAGCACUUGCAAGGCACCACAUUGCAAAACCCCCAAACCACGACGUCCACGAUACAGAAUGCCUACGGAGUAGCGAUCAACGCGAUAGAGCAGCGUGGCGGAGCUAGUGCAGGAAGUGCAACACAGAUUGCCAACGCGGCUACUGUUGUCCCGACCAAGCCGCCUGCGAAGGGCACGCUGCGUCGCGUGGUGGAACAGAACACAUCGGCGAGCACGACGCCGCGGGGCUCGUACGCGGAGCAGUGGCAAAGACGGAAGGCGACGCCGCGGAGGGACCAGCAGGUGAUCGGGCGACAAGACCAACAUGUCCCGGCUCAUAUCAUUCGACCGGGAGCUGCUGCCCCGCAAGCUGUUGUGCAGCCUCGUUCUACUGCGACGUCUGGUCCAUCUUCGCAACCACCUGUGGUGAGGGAAGUAGUACAAAGCAUCAAUCCAGGCGACGGUCGUGGCGAUGUGCAACAGUUCCCGGUUGUAUCGCGAGUUGAUAUCGCAGGGACCACGACUAGCGUCUCGACGAAACCGCUUGGAGGCGGCCUGAGGAAAAACGACAUCAACGCGGUGCUGGCACGAGUAGGGGGGAGUACGAGUACUGUGUGCGACGAUUACGAAGCGCAGAAUAAUCAGUGGAACGAGGAGGAGCAGAAGCAGCUGGUUUCGGCUUUGGAUUUCCAAGAGGAGGACGACAGCCAGUUUUUCCCGGCGACAUCAUCGACCGGAAAUAGAAAUCACCAUCUGGUCCACGACCCUCUUUCGGAGUUCGGCGCAGGAGUCCCGGGUGGCGCCGGCGGGGGUUUGCUUGCGAAUUUCCAGCAGGCCGCCAUUGCGGCGGCAAGUGCGGGCGUGCCAGUGCAGGCUGCACGGAGUAUGGUAAGUGGCGGCCCUGCGGCAGUUCCGUCCCACCCAGCAGUAGAUCUCGCACCACUCACGACCAAACCAACCUGUAUACUACCAUGUACUUCAGCAAGCUCAGCACCUGGCGCCACGGAUGCGCAGCGCUACGUGCAGGAACUGAAGCAGCGGUUGCGGAGGGAGCAGCAGGCGUCGUCUGUAGCUACUUCAGUGUUGAACAUUUUUCAAGGUGGAGAGGUGGAAAAUGUCGUUCCGCGUGUAGUUCCCGCGCCGGCAAAGGUUACGAGUAGUGCCAGCGUGGCUCCCCCGGUGGUGCCAAAACUAGAGCUGAGAACGCCAACCCCAGGUGGAAGUGGACCUGACGCAGAAGAGGCUAGACAAAGAGCUGCGAACACCAGCGACGCUACACAGUUGCAUCCAGUGUCGUCGGGAGGUCCAAAGCUGCGUCCGGCUCCAACCAUGAAUAUGAAACCGCAAAUACCUACUCCAAUGGGCCGUCCUCCCCGCCCGCCCGCGAUGCAGAUGCGGAAAUCCGCGUCUCUUCCGGAAGGAAAACUGGUAUUAGAUGAUUCCAGUUCGGACGGCGAGGAAUCUAUCCCCGACUACCGCGAUGACACGCCAAACAGUCCGGGCAUGAUCCACGCGGAAUACAGUAGCAACCACGGCGGGUCGAGUCGUGGGAGAGCGGGGAUGAACAACCCGAGUUCAGUGCUGCCACUCGAGCAGCAAGGUGAGGCUCACCAUGCCGCGAAGCCCGCCGCAGUGAGAUCGAGCUCUGUCCACGCUGGCGGUGCUGCUACGAUAGGAGUUUCUGCACCUGGAGGUGGAGAAGUAGGGUCCGUCGCAGGAGAUCUUCCAGGACCAACAAACGCCACGACCAUGUCCUCUGCGAGCCGCAGCACGGGUGGUGGUAAGGCUGUAACGCGAAUAAGGGACGCCGGCGCGUGUCACAACAAUCCUCCGGCGCAGCAGUCCAACCUAUCGACCACCGGGACGUCCUCGAAUUUCACGCCGACAGAAGUCACGUCAAGUCGCAGUACCAGAGGACCCAUGGUCCGGACGCGGGCGCAGUCUACCGGAAUGGCGCCGGUGAUGGAAGAGAUGGUUACAGUGCAGCAGACAAGCAAGUCCGCGAACACAACUACGACAACAGGAACCGCUUUUGGCGCCGGCACCGGGCCGCCCAUAUCGCAGUUGCGCGAGCCGGCGGCGGGGCGGAAUCCGCCGAAGCCGCAGAUACCCUACGUACCAAAGAGGAAAAAAGCAAAAAUGCCGACCAAGGCGGAAGAGGUAAAGAAGUUGUGGGUUGCUUUUCAUGUCAGGGUGCGUGAAUCAUAUUCAUAAAUUUAGAAAUUGCACAAAUUGAUGGGCUGAAAAGGUUGCCUCCGAAAACUGAAAGUUGUUCUUGUUGCAAAAAACCUCUCGAUUCCAAUCCUUCGCAGGCAGAAGCUGCAGAAAAGAAGAAAAAGGACAACGCGCGCAUGGUGCGCAAAACGGAGGAUUUACUUUUGUUCUCGAAAAAACCGCGACCCGUGAAGUACUCCCCGCGCACCGAGCCUUUGUCCGCGGUUCCGCAGCAAUUAGGCAGUCUCGGGCCGGAUCUGGACUCCGAUGCGCUCCUGUACAAGAAGGCGGUGGCGCACCGAAUGAAGGACUUCUCCGACCAGUUGCGGAACAUCAACCGAAAGCGAAUUGACACGGAGAAACGGAAGAGAAGCAGUAAUUUGUCUUAACCAUUGAUUCAGAUUUUGAAUUUCCAGCAGUGACAAUUUUGUCUUCAUGGUGACCAGCACCGCCUCAAAAUUUCUAUGAAACCAGAAAACAGGUACGGAUAAAGAUGCGAAAAAUACAAUCAUACAGGCUCCUGUGGCGCGUGUGCCCAAGGCGGGAACUCCAGGAUCGAGCACAGCAACCGGGCGAGAGCCCUCGCCUUUGCGAAGUCCGUGGCAAAACCGAAAGUGGUUCCGAGGCAGGUGCAGACGACGCUGAAUACGUCUGGGACUCAGCUGCAAAAUCCCGAGGAUGACUCCGCUGGGAGUGGCUAUGAGCACAAUUUUCACGGCAUGCUUCCUGAACCACAGGAAGACCCCCUGGAAACGCAACUGGCGCAGAACGCACAAGACAGAGCGCUUGCGGAAAACGUGAAACAGUUUUUAAUGCGAAAUAAAUGAGUUGAGUCUACCCAUUUCAUUUGUCCCUGUAUGAACAAAAGCAUCUUCGUACUACAAGGCUAGCGGAAAU